AAGUUCUUUCUCUUCCUCGUUUCAAUUCCCAAAAAACUCGCUGAACCUGAUCUCAAGGGACAGGUGCGUUUUUAAAACGACGGAGGACGGUUCACUGGAGGAGGACGACGGGGUUAUGAUUACAUCUCCAUUAAAAGUUCUCCACGAGUUCUUGCAAGUUUCAUGACCCACUAUGGCAGUAAACCUGAGUAAAAACGGACCCGCGCUUACAGACGCAUACAAUGAAGUGGUGAACGGGAAAACGAGCACAAACUGGGUGUUGUUCACCUACGAAGGAAACAGUAAUGACAUUCGAGUUGCAGGAAAGGGAGAUGGUGGGCUUGAAGAAAUGGUGGAGGAACUGAACAGUGGUAAAAUCAUGUACGCUUUCUGUAAAGUGCUGAACCCCAGUUCUGGAGUCUCCAAGUUUGUGCUUAUCAACUGGACCGGCGAGGGAGUAAAGGAUGUUAGAAAGGGUGUUUGUGCCAAUCAUGUUCACUCAAUGGCCAAUUUUCUGAGGGGUGCCCAUGUGACCAUCAACGCUCGAUCAGAUGAUGAUGUUGAACCUGCUGCCAUCAUGGAGAAGGUUUUCAAGGGUUCGGGCGUCAACUACAACAUCCACAAAGAAUCAAACCAGAACAAUAAUUUUGAACCUACUGGACGUGUGGGUUCUGUCUAUAAAAAGGUCAGUGCUUUAGAUGAAAUCCAAGGUACGAACAGAGAAAACUUCUGGGCUCAGGCUGAGCAAGAUGAAAAGAACCGCCGACAGGAGGAGCGCAGGAAGGCAAAUGAGGAGAGGCAGCGUCUGGAGAAAGAACAGAGAGAGCAAGAGGCUAGAGAGGCAGACGAACGAGAACGAAGGCGGAGGGAGAGAGAGAAAGAGAUAGACCAGCAGAGGCUUUUUGAAAAGAAACAAGAGGUAGCAAAUAAAGAACAGGAUCAAAGAAAACUGGAGAAAGAGGAGAAGGAACACCAGUCUCCUGUAAAAGCAGGAAUAUUGCGAGCUGAGUCUGUGCAGAAGGCCAAUGAGGCUGCGUCAAUCAUCUCUCAGCGUUCCAUCAAUCCCAGGGAGCUGUUCAUGAAGAAGGAGAGAAGCUUGAUCAACAGUGAAACACCUUCUUCAGCUUCUCAACCAGGUCAGUUGAGAAGCCCAUUUUUAUCCCAGCAAGCAGUCAGUGCUGAAAACCCUCCCAGACCCUUAUCUCCAGUUCGCCCCGCAGCAGCCGUCUCAGUUUCACAUGUACCAGCUCCCAUCUCUCCUGUGCGUGAAACACCGGCUUUCCCUGUAAAAAAUGCAGACCCCUUCUCUGAUGAUCCAUUUGUGUCUGAACAAGCCGAGGGAUCUGAAGAUGAAUGGGAUGAUUCGGAUGAGGAGGGAUUGAGUCCUGCUGCCGGGAACCAAGAAGAUGAAUACAGCAUCUACGCGAACGUCCCCUCAGAUGAAAGUCUCUAUGUGAACGUUAAUCAGGAUUUCCAAACCCCUACUACUGAAGACGAGGAGACUGGCGAUAACCAGAACAUUUGUGCAAGAGCACUAUAUGACUACCAAGCUUCGGAUGACACAGAGAUCACCUUUGACCCGGAUGAUAUUAUCACAGGGAUCGAGAUGAUAGAUGAGGGCUGGUGGAGGGGUUACAGUCCUGAUGGUCACUACGGACUGUUUCCUGCUAAUUAUGUGGAGCUUCUUUAAGUCUACAGUAACCAAUCAGAUGCAAUACUAUGUGACUAAAUGAUUGUGGUUUGCUAGUGUGCUUUAAUGAUGUUAUGGGGCAUUUGGAAAAUCUGAAAUUUCUUAAAUUUGUACUUUAUAUAAAUAUUGUUCAAUAAAAGUUUUAUGUCUCUUUUAUGUUCUUUUUAUGUUUAUUCAAAUAAGCCAAUCAAACAAAGCACGGAAAAUAAACACCAGCAUUGUAAUCAAUGAAAAUAUUCCCAUAGUUAGGUGCAGCAAAACAUAUUGAUUACUAUCCUCACGAACAUUUACCAUGUUUCCACUAAAAUUACAGUAAUUAAACGUUAAGUACACCUACUUAUCAGAUAAUAAGGUACUGAAUAAUUACAGCACCAAUGGUAUUUACAAGGUAGGCUGAUUUGAAUAAUUAAAAAAGGCCAUCUUUUUUGCAUCAUUUUGCAUUAGCCACCAAUGACUUAAAAAAAUAACAUUAAAGAAUGAUCUCAAAGUAUAGGACAUUUAAGGACUUCUCAAAUUAUUUUUUAUAAAUUACAAUAAGAAUAACCUUAGCAACUAUGAAAUUUGACCAAAAUUACAAUUAAAAAGUAACAUUUUUGUCUCAAAGGCUUUUCUGUCCAAUACUCAUCGCUAUCCACUUCACACCAAAGGGUAUGGAAUACAUAUGGUGAUGACGUCUAACGCACGCGACGUGAUAGUUACAAAAGCGCAUCUUCGACGUCAUCAGCCCGAUUCUAGUAGUUUUGGGGAAGAGGAAGACAUGGCCGCAAGGUUACUGCUGAGAACCGCCGUACGGGCCGCGACGACCUGCAGGCCGUCUCCAGUGGUCGCUCUGAGCAGAGGGAUGGCGGCGGGAGGUAUUCCCACUGAUGAAGAGCAGGCAACUGGACUCGAGAAGAAGAUUAUGCAUGCUCUGAAAACAGGCUCAGAUCCUUACAGCAUGCUGAAGCCCAAGGAGUAUGCAGGGUCAAAGUCGGACCCCCAUCUUGUACCUUCCAUCACCAACAAAAGAAUUGUUGGCUGUGUCUGUGAGGAGGAUAACACCGCUGUGGUGUGGUUCUGGCUCCACGAGGGUGAAACCCAGCGCUGUCCCUCAUGCGGCUCUCAUUACAAGCUAGUGCCUCAUGAGCUGCCUCACUGAGCUGCUGCCUCCAAUGCAGCGUCGCAUCCCAGAAUUCCAGAGACGUGGUGACCUCAUGUUUGUCUAUUUGCAAAGAAGUACAGGGGAUGUAACCUGUCCUCCUGAUUUGGGACACAAUAUUUUAGCAGACAAUUUCCGUAAAUUAUUGGAGUGUACAUUUUGCGUUUGGUCCAGUUACACCUAAUAAAAUGCUUACUCUGA